AUGAAGGUAUCUACACUCAAUACAAAUACAAAUAAUACUAUCGAAGAAAGAAAAGGUAUUCCUGAUUCUUUUAUCGAAAUUGAAGUUAAAGCUCCUCAAACACAUGGUAAAGGAUUUAAUAUGUACACAGAUUAUGAAAUUGUUUGCAAAACCAAUUUGCCCAUGUUUCACUUUAAAGAGUCCACAGUAAGAAGAAGAUAUAGUAAGUUUGAAUCAUUAAAGUUCAAAUUGGAAGAAAAUGAUUAUGAAAUCAAGGUACCCAAUUUACCUGGUAAAGUCCUUACAAAUCGAUUCUCCGAUAAAAUCAUUGAAGAACGAAGACAGAAGCUAGAAAAGUUCCUACAAAUGUAA